AUGGCCGACGAAAGCCGUCUCGAGUCGUCGGCUCUCUUGACGCUGGGGGAGAAGGUACCAGUGCUGGAUCUCGUCGAUCACGACCUCGAAGGCGACGCAGGCCUGCCCGAGCCCCCCCCGGACCACCAAAAUCUCGACCAUGAGUACUCGAUUCCCAGCACCGUCAAGUUCGCCUGGCUUGGAACCUACUUUCUCUUCUCCCUGCUCCUCACUCUCUACAACAAGUUCAUCUUGGGCGUGUUUACCUUCCCUUGGCUUCUCACCUCCCUGCACGCCUCCUUCGCGAGCAUGGGCACCUACGUCAUGAUGGAGCUGGGAUACUUCAAGCUGACCCGGUUGGGUCGCCGCGAAUACCUGGCGCUCGUCGCCUUCAGCACCCUCUUCACCGCCAACAUCGCCCUCUCGAACCUGUCCCUGGCCAUGGUGUCGGUUCCCUUCUACCAGACGAUGCGCAUGCUGUGCCCCAUCUUCACCAUCUUCAUCUUCCGCAUGUGGUACAACCGUACCUACAGCAACCUGACGUACCUGUCCCUCGUUCCUCUCAUCGUCGGUGCCACCAUGACGACGGCCGGCGAGAUGACCUUUUCCGACGCCGGCUUUGCCCUCACCAUCCUCGGCGUGAUGCUCGCCGCCGCCAAGACGGUCAUCACCAAUCGAUUCAUGACCGGAUCCCUCGCCCUGCCGCCGCUCGAGUUCGUCCUGCGCAUGUCUCCCUUGGCGGCCCUGCAAGCCUUGGUGUGCGCAAGUGCCACGGGCGAGGUCGAAGGGUUCCGGAACCUCAUGGCCUCGGGCAACAUCUCCGUCUGGUCUGCCCUCGCGUCCCUCACGGGCAACGGAUUCCUCGCCUUCCUGCUCAACGUCUCCUCCUUUCAAACCAACAAGCUGGCGGGUGCCUUGACAAUGACCGUCUGCGGGAACCUGAAGCAAUGUUUGACCGUCAUCAUCGGCAUCUUCUUGUUCAACGUCUCCGUCGACCUGCUGAACGGCGCGGGCAUGGCCGUCACCAUGGCCGGCGCCGCCAUCUACAGCAAGGCCGAGCUGGACAACAAGAGGAGGCAGAAGCAGGUGCAAUACAAGCCCGUGGACCAGGCAUCCGGUCCGUAG